AGGAGCCGGCGGCGGCGCGCCGACGGCCGGAGAAGCGCACCGCCGAGGACGACGAGGAGCGCGCCGUCAAGCGGCCCCGGCCCGACGAGGACGUCGACCCCGACCUCGUCCGACAGAUCCUCGAGAGCAUGGAGGACCCCAAACGGCUGGCCGGCCAGGAGUCGCUGUUUUCGGAGAACGCGGCCCGCGACGAGGCGGCCAAGGCCGAGGAGCGCGCCGGCCACAUCAGCUUCCACGUGGUCGGCAACUCGCUCAGCCAGAAGGUCAGCAAGACCACCAUGCUGUGGCUAGUCGGCCUGCAGAACGUCUUCUCGCACCAGCUGCCCCGCAUGCCCAAGGAAUACAUCACGCGGCUUGUCUUCGACCCGAAGCACCGGACGCUGGCGCUGGUGAAGAACAACCGGCCGAUCGGCGGCAUCUGCUUCCGCAUGUUCCCCAGCCAGGGCUUCACCGAGAUCGUGUUCUGCGCCGUCACCAGCAACGAGCAGGUCAAGGGCUACGGCACGCACCUCAUGAACCACCUGAAGGACUACCACAUCCGCCACGGAGUGCACCACUUCCUCACCUUCGCCGACGAGUUCGCGGUCGGUUACUUCAAGAAGCAGGGCUUCAGCAAGGAGAUCAAGCUGAACCGGAAGAAGUACGUGGGCUACAUCAAGGACUACGAGGGCGCCACGCUAAUGGGCUGCGAGCUGUCGCCCCGCAUCAUCUACCGCCAGUUCAGCUCCGUCAUCAGGAAACAGAAGGAGAUUAUCAAGCGGCUGAUCGAGAACCGACAGGCAUCCAUCCGCAAGGUGCACCCGGGCCUAACGUGCUUCAAGGAGGGUGUACAGGGCAUACCGAUCGAGUGCAUACCAGGGAUUCGGGAGGCCGGCUGGAAGUCGCCGGAGAAGUCUGCGCGCGUCACACGCAAUUCGGACGACCUGGGUAACGCCGAGCUACUGCAGGGCACGUUCCGCACCCUGCUGCAGAACAUGCGCCAGCACAGCGCCGCCUGGCCGUUCCUCUCGCCUGUCGACCCUACCGACGUGCCCGACUACUACGAGUUCAUCAAGUACCCGAUGGAUCUGGAGACGAUGUCGAAGCGGUUGAAGAACAAGUACUACUGCAACAAGCGGCUGUUCAUUGCCGACGCCACGCGCAUCUUCACAAACUGCCGCAUGUACAACGACCCAGACACCGAGUACUACCGCUGCAGCGUCACCCUCGAGAAGUACUUCCACAACCGGCUGAAGGAGGCCGGACUGACGGACAAGUGAGCGGCCUUGGUGCCGCGCGCGGCCCACCGGGGCGGGCGCUGAGU